AAAGGGAACAUGGCCGGUGCCAUCGUCACCGGAUCUUUUGAGCCUUAAAUAAGGACUAUGUCCGCUGCGAGGCUUUCUGUUCUCUCUCGCUCUCUCGAUUUCUAUUUCUAUCUCUUUCUGUCAUCCAUUUCUCUCUCUCUCUCUCGAACCAUAUCUCUCUCGCAAACCAUACCAAGGCUGCCUUUCUCUUUCUCUUUAUCUGAAAUCACAAAUCUCAUAAAGAAAUCCAACCCACCCUUCUUUAAAGUUAUAAGAGAGAGAAACCCAAACACUGCAAUUAUUCACUUUUCUUUACAUUCCUUCUUCCCUUUUCUUACUGUAUCAUCCUCCUUUCUCUCUUUAUCACCACCUCUGCUACCUCGUCCUUUCUUAUUGCUAUCUCUUUUUCCCACACUAUCGCAUCAUACUCUGCGUUGACACCUACGGAGAGUGGUUUCUGGCAGGCUCUCUGCACUUUCGAGAUAGCAGAUAGCUGGAGUUUUAAACAUUAUCUACUCUAAAUUUUCUGUAAAGCUGUUAUAAGGAGGAUUUCAGGCAAUGUCUAGCUCUACAAAAGCUCUGGAUCCUGCAUUUCAGGGAGUGGGUCAGAGACCAGGGACUGAAAUUUGGCGAAUUGAGAAUUUUCAGCCAGUUCCACUGCCAAAAUCUGAUUAUGGAAAAUUCUACAUGGGGGACUCUUACAUUGUUUUGCAGACGACAUCUGGCAAGGGGGGCGCUUAUCUCUAUGACAUACACUUCUGGAUUGGAAAAGAUACGAGUCAGGAUGAAGCUGGAACAGCAGCUAUCAAAACAGUUGAACUUGAUGCAGUUCUUGGAGGGCGUGCUGUUCAGCACAGAGAAAUACAAGGCCAUGAAUCUGACAAAUUUCUGUCCUACUUCAAACCUUGCAUCAUACCAUUAGAGGGGGGUGUUGCAUCUGGAUUCAAGAAACCUGAGGAAGAAGUAUUUGAAACGCGGUUGUAUGUCUGUAGGGGAAAACGUGUUGUCAGAAUGAAGCAGGUUCCCUUUGCCCGCUCUUCACUGAAUCAUGAUGAUGUAUUUAUCUUAGACACUGAGAAAAAGAUCUAUCAGUUCAAUGGUGCAAAUUCCAAUAUCCAGGAAAGGGCCAAGGCAUUGGAAGUAAUUCAGUUUUUGAAGGAAAAAUAUCAUGAGGGGACAUGUGAUGUUGCAAUUGUUGAUGAUGGAAAAUUAGACACUGAGUCAGACUCAGGUGAAUUUUGGGUUCUCUUUGGUGGUUUUGCUCCAAUUGGAAAAAAGGUUGUUGGUGAAGACGAUAUUGUCCCAGAGACAACACCUGCUAAAUUAUAUAGCAUCACUGAUGGUGAGGUGAAGGCUGUAGAAGGUGAAUUGUCCAAAGGCCUGUUGGAAAACAACAAAUGCUAUCUACUUGACUGUGGUGCUGAGAUAUUUGUGUGGGUUGGCCGUGUGACACAAGUGGAGGAAAGAAAAGCUGCCAGCCAGGCUGCUGAGGAAUUUGUUGUGAGCCAAAACAGGCCAAAAGCUACUCGUAUAACCCGGGUUAUUCAAGGAUAUGAGACACAUUCAUUCAAAUCAAACUUUGAUUCCUGGCCAGCUGGGUCAGCAGCUCCUGGUGCCGAAGAAGGAAGAGGAAAAGUAGCAGCUUUGCUGAAGCAACAAGGUGUUGGUGUCAAGGGUAUGGCAAAAAGUGCCCCUGUUAAUGAGGAAGUCCCACCUUUGCUUGAAGGAGGUGGAAAGAUGGAGGUGUGGUGCAUCAAUGGUAGUGCAAAGACUCCAUUGCCUAAGGAAGAUAUUGGUAAAUUUUAUAGUGGAGAUUGCUACAUCAUACUUUACACCUACCACUCAGGUGAUAGGAAAGAAGAUUACCUUUUGUGCUGUUGGUUUGGAAAAGACAGCAUAGAGGAGGACCAGAAGAUGGCUGUUCGGUUGUCCAAUACAAUGUCCAACUCACUUAAAGGAAGACCUGUUCAGGGUCGCAUUUUUCAAGGCAAGGAGCCACCACAAUUCAUUGCACUUUUUCAGCCAAUGGUAGUUCUCAAGGGUGGUUUGAGCUCUGGGUACAAGAAAUAUGUAGAAGAGAAAGGAUUGACUGAUGAAACUUAUACAUCAGAUUGUGUUGCACUCUUUCGGAUAUCUGGAACUUCAGUUCAUAAUAACAAGACAGUACAAGUAGAUGCGGUGGCAACAUCUUUGAAUUCUACAGAGUGCUUCCUUCUGCAAUCUGGCUCUUCUGUUUUCACAUGGCAUGGGAAUCAAAGUACCUUCGAGCAGCAGCAAUUAUCUGCAAAAAUUGCUGAAUUUUUGAAGCCUGGAGUUGCUUUGAAACAUGCUAAAGAGGGAACCGAAAGUUCGGCAUUCUGGUUUGCACUUGGAGGCAAACAAAGUUACACCAGCAAAAAAGCUUCUCCAGAAAUUGCCAGAGAUCCCCACCUGUUCACUUUCUCAUUUAAUAAAGGAAAAUUUCAGGUUGAGGAAGUUUACAACUUUUCCCAAGAUGAUCUAUUGACUGAGGAUAUUUUGAUACUUGAUACGCAUGCUGAAGUUUUUGUUUGGGUUGGUCAAUCUGUAGAUCCCAAAGAAAAGCAGAACGCUUUUGACAUUGCCCAGAAAUACAUAGAAAUGGCUGCAUCUCUUGAGGGUUUGGCUCCAAAUGUGCCACUCUACAAGGUUACUGAGGGAAACGAACCAUCAUUUUUCACAACAUUCUUCUCAUGGGAUCCUACAAAAGCCAUGGUUGCAGGAAACUCAUUCCAAAAGAAGGCAGCAUUACUCUUUGGUGUAGGACAUCAUGCUGCAGAGGACAAGUCCAAUGGAAAUCAAGGAGGACAAACUCAAAGGGCUUCUGCUUUAGCUGCCUUGUCUUCUGCAUUUAACCCAUCUUCUGGGAAGUCAUCCUCUACAGCCCAGGAUAGGUCAAAUGGGUCUAAUCAAGGAGGACCGACACAAAGAGCUUCAGCUUUGGCUGCUUUGAACUCUGCAUUUAAUACAUCAUCUGGAUCCAAAAGUACUGCUUCAAGGACAUCUGGACCAGGUCAGGGAUCACAAAGAGCUGCGGCUGUAGCUGCUUUAUCAUCAGUUCUUACUGCUGAAAAGAAGAAAACGCCUGAAACCUCCCCUUCAGGCAGUCCUCCCCCAGAAACUAAGCUUCCUGCUGCAGGGAAGAGUGAUAAUUCACUUUCGGAAAUGGAGGGUUCUGAAGAAGUUGCAGAAGUUAAGGAAACGGAGGAAGUUGCAUCUGUUUCUGAAAGUAUUGGGGAGGAUUCAGAGCCAAAACUAGACAAUGAGCAGGAAGAGAAUAGUAAUGGAAGCAGUGAUAGUACAUUCAGUUAUGAUCAACUGAAGGCUCAUUCUGACAAUCCUGUAACUGGAAUCGAUUUUAAACGGAGAGAGGCCUAUCUGUCAGAGGAGGAUUUCCAGACUGUAUUCGGGAUGACAAAAGAUGCCUUCUAUAAAUUGCCGAAAUGGAAGCAGGAAUUGCAGAAGAGGAAAGUUGAUUUAUUUUAGAUUAUCACAUCCAUCAAAAAGAUUUCUCUGCUUUAUGCUUCGACUUACACUUCUUCAUUCGUUAUGGUCACUGCUCUUUUGAAAAAAAUUGCUGCUUCCUUGGUCAUCCUUGCCUGGCUUGCUGUGUCUAGCAUUUCAGUAAUUUGCUCUUUGAUGAAUCUAUCUGUGAUCAGCAUCCAUAUUUGUUGUGAUUAUGCCUGAGAGUGAGUUUUUUCCUUGUCUUUUUCGUUAUAAUCUUCUGCUGCCUCUUUGUAAUGAUACCCAAAUUGUAGUUUUUACAGGCAGUUGGCAGGUCAUAUUCUUUCAUUUGGUCAGUAAUGUAUCUCAUUUUGUGAUUUAUUUUGACUUCUUUUUUCAUUUUUUUUUUCUACUUUUUAUUUGCUAAGAUGAAAGGGGGGAGGUAUAUGUAUUUGCUUUUGUACUUAAAAACUUCCAAUAUUCAGGAAUGAAAAUUUGUUGUUUGGAAUAAUAGUCUUGCUGCAUGCACAUUUGGUA